AAUCAAUAAAAAUAUAUAAUAUUUAGUCAUUAAAACUUUCCAGUAACCAUGGAAAACAAGCAAUAGAGAUCAAUUUGAAGUUUAAUCGAAAUCUAUACAACAAGAGCUUUAGGUUACAUUUAAUUUUUUUUUUUCGAUAUGUCUCUAGUAGGUUUAAAAAGUGCUUCUGUUGUUCCAGGAACAAGUCCUCCACUCAGGUACUCCUUGGAGGAAUGGCAUUUAUUUAAUAGAACAAGCGAUAGAUGUUGCCUAACUCAGCAAACUACAGCUGAUCAAGUACUUGCAGAAUGUGGUAGGGUGAAAGAUUUAACUGAAGAGAUAGUUCGUACGAACAAAGAAGAAACAAACCAUAAAAUAGAAGAGAAGAUCAGGGAUAUAGAAUUCCUUCGUGGUGAAAUAAGAGGCCAGAGAAAAGAAGUAGUGUUAGAAUUGGAUAACCUGAUAACGUUUUUUGAAAGAAUUUUCGAUGCGGUCAAUAUGAUAAAGGCUGGUCCGGAUAUGAUCAAUAGGAAAUGUCUUAUGCUGAGAGAAGCGCGAAUUGGGAUAGACUUGUGCCGCGAUGAUGUAGAAAGGGAACUCAACAAAGAACAUCAGAUUAUAACGGAAAUCGUAGCUUUAUUGACAAGGACUGCAGAGCAAGCACAGGAGCAAAUCAGACGUCUGAGAUCCACCACUUAUCUAAUGGAUCGUGAUCUGGAAGCCAAAGAGAACGCACAGAAACUUGACGAGCACAACUUAUCCAUACGUGAGACAAGUAUGAACCUGAGUAUGUACCACGGGUACACCCAACUUGAUUGCUCCAACAUAACUAAGGAAGAAUGGGAGGUUUUCACUGAAAAGAGCAUCGAAACUGCUUCGAAAGAAAUAAACUCAGCUAGACAACUACGAUGCUAUGUGGAUACCCUGCUGAAACAAGCAGCGAAAGAUCUUAUAGCUCAGUACAAUCUUGUCCAAGCUGCCUUCGCAAGAAGAAUUGCUGAGACUAAAGAUGUGAAAAUGAAGCUGGAAACCCAACAUGCUGAGAUUGUAAGACAAGCUAAUGAAAUGGUUAUGAAUAUUACAACUCUUGAAAAAGCCAUAUCCAACAAGGAGGGCUUUAUGGCUUUGGCUCAUACCAGACUUGGAAAUAGGGCGCAAAGAGCAGGUGCUGAACUGUGUAGGGAUCUCGUUGAGACUCAGCUGGUAGAUGAAGCGAGACAAAUACGAAUUAACACUUCUGUUCUUCAGCAAACUUUGGCAGAGGCACAGGCAACGCUUCGGUAUUUGCUGAAAACUCAAAUUCAAUUGGAGACUGAUAUCAAUAUAAAAAACAAUACUCUGCAAAUAGAUGAAGUGGAUUGCAUGUCAAUGAGGGAAACUAUGGAUUAUCAUUUCUACUGAAAAUUUUUUUGUUAAAUCCAUGUAUUAGUAGUACUUUUUGUAGUUUCGGUAGAGUUCAAUAAAAUUUUUAGUGAUCCUGCAA